CUCAAACUCCCUAUGUAGUUGAGAAUGACCUUGAACUUGUGAUCUUCUUGAAUCCACAUCCCAGUUUAUGCAGUAUUGGGGGUUGAACCCCAGGACUUUCUACACAGUAGGCAAGCACUUCACCAACUGAACCACAUCCCAAGCUCCUGAAUUUAUCCAAACUUUUAAAGAACUAAUACUAAUGCUUCUCAAACCAUAAAAGAAGACAAGAAUCAUUGUAUGUGGGUGUGUGUAGGGACGUGUGGAUGUGGCUACAACAGAGGAACAAGGGUGAAAUGGAAAGAAGAGCAAAGUCAUACUUUGUUUGAAAAUGUUAUAAUGUUGUCUGGCACCUGUGUGCUGAUCUUUAAAAAGGAGAAAACAACUGAAAUGGAGGGGCUCUUCCUUCCCAACUGCAUUCUGUUUAUCCUGAAACACCUGUUCCCGAAGCCUGACAGCAUAACAGCCAGAAAAGCAUAGAGCAAUGGCCCUGAUGGGCAAAAAGGCAAAUAUCCUCACGAAAAUGCUUGCAAAUUAAAACCAAGAGCUUCUCAGAAAGGUCAUACAUCAUGUUCAAGUUGGUUUCAUUCCAGAAUGUAAGAAUGGUUCAGAAUGUGCAAAUCAAAUACAUAUUACAUAACAUAUACAUAAUACCUUGCAUAAAUUGAAUGAAUUAUAAAAAUCAUGAUCAUCCCAAUAGAUGCAGAAACAGUAGUGAUAACAUUCAGUGUUAUUUAUGAUAAGAAGUCAUGAACAUAUUAGAUAUAGAAAGAUUGUGCCUUAACAUAAUAAAGCCUGUAUAUGACAGACAUUUAGGCAGCAUUCUGCUGAAUGAGGAAAACUAAACAUUUUCUCCCAGGUAAGAAUCAGAAAAUACCCUGCUGUUGUGGUUAGUAUGGCUCUUAGUAUAUCUUGAAAUUUUGUAUUGUCACAGUUCUUAUUUAGUAUAAUAUUAGAAAUUUUAACUACAGUAGUUAAGUAAGAGAAAGAAAGAAAAGUCAAAUUAUCACUCUUUACAAAUGAUACAGCUCUGCCAGUGGUUAGGAGACAGAGGCAUAGCUCUACACUGUUACUCUCAGCAGCCUAAGGAGCUCCCCUAAUCCUUUAAGGACCUUGACUCAAGACAAACUGUGAUUCCUGGCUUUAAUGCAGAAAAGAAUUUUAGAAUCAAGCAUUAUGAAACAGUUGUGUAUUUUUAUUACUAAAUAUAGUUUAAUCUAGUCUUUGUGUAUAAGACAGACAAACUGAAGUGUGGGUAUGGACUUCCCAAGGGAAAGUUAUAAUUAAUUUUCUUAAUAUUAGUCAUAUGUAAUAUCUAAAGAAGAAAAAUGCAAAUAUCCAUCAAUGAGAGGAAAAUGGAAAAUAACACCUAACAAUGAUGGGGCUUCUUUUAGGAUGAUGUUGAUUAUGAAAUGGUGUUUGCUCAACUAUGUCUAUGCGGAAAAGUACUGAGUUACAUACUGCAAAGGAGUUAACUUUUGGGGUAUGAGUUACACACAAACCUACUCAAAUACGCCAGCCAUUCUACUUUUAGAAGUUUAUAUAAGAACAAAGAAAGUAGCCCUCUGUCUGUGGCUGCUGUAUCUGUAGAUUUUGUCAACAGCAGACCAGAAAUAUUUGGGAAAAGCCAGAUGUAGUGGUGCACAUCUAUAAUCCCAGCCCUUGGGAGGCUGAGGCAGCAGGACCAUAGUAUUAGAGGCCUGUCUGAACAACAGGGUGAGAUCCAGAUACAGCUGGACUAUGGUUGAGACACUUACCUCAAAAAAAAUAAAAAAUAAAAAAAAAUGGAGUGGGGAGGUAAAGGGGCUUCUGUCCUAACGAAUACAGAGGGUAUUGUCCAAUGGACUAUUGUAUAUUUCACACAAAGAUUUGUUUAUGAGUGUAUAUAGGCACAUGUUUAUAAGAGCCAAAAGCUUGAGCUAAACCAAAUGGCCUACUACUCGGCAACAAAAAGAAAUGUGUAUCAGAUCCAGGGACAUUAAACUUUUGAAAUCAGAAGUGUUUUAGAUUUUAGAAUAUUUUCCUAUGAAAUAAAGUAUCUUAUGGAUAUGACCAAUCUAAGCAUGCAAUUUAUUAUUGUUUCUUACAUGCCGUAUGCCCAUGGUCUGAAGUCAUACACACCUCCAAGCAAUGAGUUCAAGAUCAGCAUGAAAUUGGAAGCACAGGACCCCAGGAACACCACAUCCACCUGUAUAGCCACAGUAGUUGGACUGACAGGUGCCCGACUCCGCCUGCGCCUUGAUGGCAGUGACAACAAGAAUGACUUCUGGAGACUGGUUGACUCCUCUGAAAUCCAACCAAUUGGAAACUGUGAGAAGAAUGGUGGUAUGCUGCAGCCCCCUCUAGGAUUUCGGCUGAAUGCCUCCUCUUGGCCUAUGUUCCUUUUGAAGACACUAAAUGGAGCAGAGAUGGCACCCAUCAAGAUUUUCCAUAAGGAACCGCCAUCACCCUCCCACAACUUCUUCAGAAUGGGAAUGAAGUUAGAAGCUGUAGACAGGAAGAACCCUCAUUUCAUUUGCCCAGCCACUAUUGGAGAAGUCCGAGGCUCAGAGGUCCUUGUCACUUUUGACGGGUGGCGAGGGGCGUUUGACUACUGGUGCCGCUUUGACUCCCGGGACAUCUUUCCUGUGGGCUGGUGCUCUUUGACUGGAGAUAACCUGCAGCCACCUGGCACCAAAGUUGUGAUUCCAAAGAAUCCUUCCCCUGCGUCUGAUGUGAACACUGAGAAGCCCAGCAUCCACAGCACCAAAACUGUCUUGGAGCAUCAACCAGGGCAGAGGGGGCGCAAACCAGGAAAGAAGCGGGGCCGAACACCCAAGAUCCUUAUUCCCCAUCCCACCUCUACCCCAUCCAAGUCAGCUGAACCUUUGAAAUUCCCAAAGAAGAGGGGUCCCAAGCCUGGCAGUAAGAGGAAACCUCGGACUUUGCUGAGCCCACCACCCACCUCACCAACAACCAGCACCCCUGAACCGGACACCAGCACUGUCCCUCAAGAUGCUGCCUCCAUCCCCAGUUCAGCCAUGCAGGCCCCCACAGUUUGUAUCUACUUGAACAAGAGCGGCAGCACGGGCCCCCACUUGGAUAAGAAGAAGAUCCAACGACUUCCUGACCAUUUUGGGCCAGCCCGUGCCUCUGUGGUGUUGCAGCAGGCUGUCCAGGCUUGCAUUGACUGUGCUUAUCACCAGAAAACUGUCUUCAGCUUCCUCAAACAAGGCCAUGGUGGUGAGAUCAUCUCAGCCAUGUUUGACCGGGAACAACACACCCUCCACCUCCCAGCAGUCAACAGCAUCACCUAUGUCCUCCGGUUCCUGGAGAAGCUCUGCCACAACCUUGGGAGUGACAGUCUGUUUGGCAGCCAGCCCUUUACACAGACUCACUUACCACUCACUGCCACGGAGUACAGCCACAGCCACGACAGGUACCUACCAGGUGAAACCUUCGUCCUGGGGAAUAGCCUGGCCCGGUCCUUGGAGACACACUCAGACCUGAUGGACUCUGCCUUGAAGCCUGCCAACCUUGUCAGCACCUCCCAAAACCUUCGAACUCCUGGCUGUCGGCCCUUGCUUCCCUCCUGUGGCCUCCCAUUGGGCACUGCCUCAGCGGUGCGCAGGCUCUGCUCCAGGGGAGUGUUGAAGGGAACAAAGGAAAGAAGGGAUAUGGAGUCGUUUUGGAAACGAAGUCACUCCCCAGGGUCUGAUCGGUAUCUGGAGAGUCGAGAUGCCCCUCGCCUGAGUGGCCGGGACCCUUCUUCAUGGACAGUGGAAGAUGUGAUGCAGUUUGUCCGGGAAGCAGAUCCUCAGCUCGGACCCCAUGCUGACCUCUUCCGAAAACACGAGAUCGAUGGCAAGGCCCUGCUCCUGCUGCGCAGUGACAUGAUGAUGAAGUACAUGGGCCUGAAGCUGGGGCCUGCCCUCAAGCUCUCCUUUCACAUUGACCGGCUGAAGCAGGGCAAAUUCUGAACAGAAGGAAUUCUUCUUCCCGGAAGCUACCAGCCACCUCCCAGGCACCUCCGUAGGGCUCUGGGUGACCUCAGGACUCCAGGAGGCUGGAGGACCACCAAUGCUGCCCCUCCUGCCAUCUGCGUCCUUCUGUGAAGGACCAAGGAGGGAAGAAUGUGGGCCCAGGGCUGGUGCUGCUCUUCCCCUUAGCCUGCUGGGGCUCCCAGGCCCUUCUAUUUAUUUCUCAAGGCUAGCCAAGCCUCUCACCAGAAGUUUAGACUGAGCACCUUGCAAAGAGAUGAAGAGGCCAACUCUAAGGCCUUGAAAGGCCCUGGCACCCAGGCCCCUUACCACCUCCUGGGCUUGGUAUAGUGUCCAUGGCCCCCAGCUCAUGCCUUGUUACCAGAUCCCCAAACUCUGAACUUACGGUGCAGACCUUUUUUUUACAAAGAUCCUUUCUUGUUGCUAAUUUAUUGCUUCUGGCACUUGGACUUAAUGCUUUCCUUGCACCAGACAUUUUUGGGAAGACGGAGACCUCCCUCUGUGGUCCAGAGAGGGCCUCUCCAGAGAAGUGUGGCCCUGUUUCAGAGGAUACUGCCCUAGGGCUCUUUCUCUCUGGGAUGGACAGAGGAAUAUAGCUCACUGG